GUCUGGGGGCUCCGGGCGGCUCCGGGGGCUCCGCUCUGACCCUGCCCGCCCCAGCUCCCCUCAUGCCGCCCACCGUGGCCGUCGUGGGCGGCGGCAUCAGCGGCCUGGCCGCCUGCUACCACCUGGUGCGCGCCCCCCGCCCGCCCAAGGUGGUGCUGCUGGAGGCCAGCGGCCGUUUCGGGGGGUGGCUGCAGAGCACGCGGACCCCCGAGGGCGCCGUGUUCGAGCACGGCCCGAGGGGCGUCCGGCCCGCGGGACCCGCGGGGGCUCAGACCCUGCACAUGGUGUCGGAGCUGGGGCUGGCCGGUGACAUCCUGGCUGUCCCCAGGGAGCACCCGGCGGCGCGGAGCCGCUUCCUGUACCUGGGGGGGGGCCCUGCACCCCCUGCCCUCGGGGCUGCGGGGGGUGCUGUGGGCCGUGCCCCCUGGGGUGCUGUGGGCCGUGCCGCCCCGUUCUCGCGGGCCCUGCUCUGGAGCGCUCUGCGGGACCUCCUGACCCCGGCGGGGACGGGGCCGGACGAGAGCGCGCACGCCUUCGCCCAGCGCCGCUUCGCCGAGGUGGCCAAGGUGGCCAUGGACAGCCGCGCUGAGCCAGGAGCGCCAUGCGGCCCCAACGGGCUCUCCCCGGCCCCCAAACUGCGCCUGCUGCCCCCCCGGCCCCCGCCGCCCCCCGACGACCCCCGCCCCAAGAAGCUGGAGCUGGAGCGGGGCCGGGCGGCCAAGCGGGGGGACCCCGCUCCCCGCGGGCCGGGGGGACGCCGGGGGCCGCUCAAGGCCGAUCACGGCGUGAGGGUGCCCGGGGGGGCCCCGCAGGUGCCCGGCAGCGCCUCCUUCUCGCUGCCCAGCGCGGCCGAACGCCGCCGGAGCAACCUGGCCCGCUCCAAAUCCAUCAGCAUCGGCGACCUGAGCCAGGGAGGCGGCGGCGGUGCCGGCCUGGUGCUCAGGGACUGCGGGCACCCGCUGGGCGCGGGCGCGCUGGCGCUCCGCAGGAGCUCCUCGCUGCGCAGGGUCACCGUGGCCACCGGGCCCGACGGCAAAGGCGCCCCGCCGCUGCUCUCCGUGCGCCCCGAGGGCGGCCCCCGCGCCCGCUCCGACCCCCCGUUCGGCCACGGCCCCGGCAGCCCCGCGCCCGGCCGGACCGAGGACAAGGCGGCCGCCACGCACCACACGCUGCUGCUGGGCUCGGGCCACGUCGGCCUCAGGAAUUUGGGCAACACGUGCUUCAUGAACGCCGUGCUGCAGUGCCUGAGCAGCACCAAACCCCUGCGGGACUACUGCCUGCGCCGCGACUUCCAGCAGGAGCAGCCCCCCGGCCCCCGCGCCCCCCAGGAGCUCACCGAAGCCUUCGCCGAUGUCAUCGCCGCCCUCUGGCACCCCGACUCCUCCGAGGCCGUCAACCCCGGGCGCUUCAAGGCCGUGUUCCAAAAAUACGUGCCCUCCUUCACGGGCUACAGCCAGCAGGACGCGCAGGAAUUCCUCAAGUUCUUCAUGGACCGGCUGCACGUGGAGAUCAACAGGAAGGGCCGGCGCACCCCCAGCAUCCUGUCGGACACACGGAGACCCCCGGCCCUGGAGGACCCCGAAACGCUCAGCGACGACGAGCGCGCCAACCAGAUGUGGAAGCGCUACCUGGAGAGGGAGGACAGCAAGAUCGUGGAUCUCUUUGUGGGGCAGCUGAAGAGCUGCCUCAAGUGCCAGGCCUGCGGCUACCGCUCCACCACCUUCGAGGUGUUCUGCGACCUCUCGCUGCCCAUCCCAAAGAAAAGCUUUGCCGGGGGCAAGGUCUCGCUGCACGACUGCUUCAGCCUCUUCACCAAGGAGGAGGAGCUGGACUCGGAGAACGCCCCGGUGUGUGACAAGUGCCGGCAGCGCACGCGCAGCACCAAGAAGUUGACGAUCCAGCGCUUCCCACGCAUCCUGGUGCUCCACCUGAACCGGUUCUCCACCACGCGCUACUCCAUCAAGAAAUGCUCCGUCUUCGUGGACUUCCCGCUGCAGCAGCUCAACCUGCGCGAGUUCGCCAGCGAGAAGGCGGGCAGCCCCGUCUACAGCUUGUACGCUCUGUGCAACCACUCGGGCAGCGUGCACUACGGGCACUACACGGCUUUCUGCCGCGACCCCGCCGGCUGGCGCGUCUACAACGACUCCCGCGUCUCGCCCAUCAGCGAGAACCAGGUGCCGUCCAGCGAGGGCUACGUGCUGUUCUACGAGCUGGAGGAGCCGCCCGGCCGCAGAGCCUGAGAGCCCCGAGCGGGGCCGGGGCUGCGGGGGAACCCCCCGGGUCCCUGCCCCGGGAGCCCCCCGGGCCCCUGCCCCCGGAGCCCCCCGGGUCUCUGCCCCGGGAGCCCCCCGGGUCCCUGCCCCCGGAGCCCCCCGGAGCCCCCCGGGGCCGCGGAGAGGGGGGUGCGGGGGGAGCGGCCGCAGCCCGCGCGGCCCCGGGGGGUUUUGUGAAUAAAUUUAUUAAAAAAACCCCAAAAA